AUGCUUAAAUCAACAUACACCGCUCCUCCACCUUUGCCCCCAGGGUGGACAGAGCAUCGAGCUCCCACCGGCCAUUUAUACUAUUAUAACUCCUCAACCAAGCAAUCGACAUAUACGAGACCUCAAGCAGUCCCCGAGCCUGUGCCGGCUGCGCCCAAUCUCUCACAAGCAACCUAUGACCCUGAGACACUACCUGCAUUCUCUUCAACACCCUAUGGACCUACAGGAUUUGGCCCGGGACCUGCGCAAGUUGACCAACGACACGAUUCACGCGGCCAGGGAGGGUUUCGAGGUGGCAGAGGCUAUCAUGACCACCGCCAGAGAGGGCCCGAAGAUCGACCAAAGAAGAAAUAUGCCAUACCCGAUUGCGCGCCAUGGUUACUGGUUAAGACCAAGCUUGGGCGGCGAUUUGUUUAUAAUCCCGACACAAACGACAGUUUUUGGAAAUUUCCACCGGAGGUUUUGAAGGGUGUCGUUGAAUUCGACCGUCUCGAGCGCGAGAAGAAGGAAAAGAAAGAACGAGGCGAGGAGCCCGAGGAACCUAUCAAACAGGCCUUGCCUUCGAAGCAAGACAAUCAAACAGAACCCCCAAAAGCCACAGAAGAAACCCAAGGCGCAGAGGACGAUGAUGACUACGAAGAGGUCGAGGUCACAGACAGCGAAGGAGAAGAUGACCAGCCAUCCAAGCGCGCACGAACUGAAAGCGAGGGUGUCCAAGACCAACCUUUAGAAUUCACCGAGGAAGAUAUGGAAUACCAACUCGCCGCCAUGGGAGAGGACUAUGGACUCGAUCCAGGUGAAUACGGCGAGGCCGGCGAAGAAGAAUGGGAAGAGGGCGCAGAAGGUCUACCGCUCACCGAGGCUGAUGCUGAAGCCCUGUUUCGUGAUUUGCUCGACGAUUUCCAAAUCAAUCCGUUCACGACAUGGGAAAAAGUCAUUGAAGAAGGGCUUAUCAUUGAAGAUCCCCGAUACACGGCGCCUUCGAACAUGAAAGCACGACGAGAGAUAUUCUCUAAUUGGACCCGAGACCGCAUACAGUACGUCAGGGAACAAAAGGCGAAACAGGAAAAGACAGACCCGCGCAUUAAGUACUUGGCAUUGCUGCAAGAACAUGGUACCCCUAAGCUUUACUGGCCAGAGUUCAAGCGCAAGUACAGGAAAGAGCCGGAGAUGAAGGAUUCUCAGCUUUCGGAUAAAGACCGUGAGAAAUUCUACAGGGAGUACAUUUCGCGCCUGAAGCAACCGGAAAGCACACGGAAAUCGGAUCUCUCCGCCUUGCUCAAAUCAGUCCCGCUGCACUUGUUGAAUCGCUCUUCCAACGUGGAAGCUUUGCCAACUGUAGUCAUUACCGAUAUUCGCUAUAUUGGGCUCGCAUCCAAAGUGCGCAAUCCCUUGAUCGAAGCAUAUAUAUCUACCCUUUCUCCAGCGCCGGAGGUAAAAAUGACGCCAGAGGAGCAAGCCGAGCUUGACCGAAAACGAAACGAGAGGGAGAAGCGCGAAAGGGCCUUAGCAGAUCGAGAAAAGAGAGUGGAGGAAGAGAAACGGAGACAGCGUGGAGAUCUCAUCCGUGGCAAGCAUCUUCUUCGCGAAGGAGAGGCAGAAAUUGAAGAGGCUAUGAAGGUCAACAAGGACGGACUACGAAGCUACAUGGACAUUAACAAGGUGGAAGGUGAAGAAGAAAAGCCAAGUCAAUAG